AUGGCGACAUCGACGUCAGCUUCCGCUUCGGCUGCAGCAAAUAAGAAGGUCAAGGUUGCUGCCGCUGGCGCGAAGAAGACGAAAACGACGGCCGCCGCCGCUGCGGGCAGAACCGCCCUCCCUGCAAGAACCACCACCACUGCGAGAAAACCUUCGACGGCUAAAAAAAACGCGCCCAAGAAGAAGAAGCAACCCGUUGCCUCCGCUGCCGCGGCGAAGAAGAAGAGCAAGCCUGCAGCCGCCAAGCCGGAGGGCUCCAAGAGAGUACUGGUGAUCGUGGAGUCCCCGGCCAAGGCGAGGACAAUCACGGAGCUCCUCAAGAAGGCCGCCGCUGGCGGGGGCGGCGGCGGGGAGCUUUACAAGGGUUACACCGUGGACGCCUGCAACGGCCACGUGACGGACCUGGUCGGCAAGAGGAGGGACGUGCCGGCGGAGCUGAAGGAGCAGACCAAGGGCUGGGAUGUCGUUGGCGUGGACGUGGAGAACGAUUUCGAGCCGCUGUACAUCCAGAACCCCAAGAAGAAGGCGAUCAUCACCCGGCUCAAGAAGGCCUCCGCCAAGUGCGACGAGAUAAUCCUGGCCACCGACGAGGACCGAGAGGGGGAGGCCAUCAGCUGGCACCUGUUGCAGGUCCUGGAACCGAAAGUUCCGGUCAAGAGGGCGGUGUUUCACGAAAUCACCCAGGAAGCACUCGUCAAGGCGUUCGAGGAACCAGGACAGAUUGACGAGAACCUCGUUCAGGCCCAGGAGGCCCGCCGCAUCCUUGACCGCUUAGCUGGCUUCACCCUGACCCCGGUCAUCUGGAACUUCGUCGCUCCGGGGCUUAGCGCCGGACGGGUGCAGAGCGUGGCGCUGGCGAUGGUGGUCGAACGCGAGCGCGCUCGCCUCAAGUUCAAGUCCGCGGACUACUGGGACGUGGUCGCCAACGUUACCGCGGCGGGGGAGCCUGGUCGGUCGUUCGAGGCCCGUUUGGUGGAAGUGGGAUCCAAGACCGUCGUGACGGGCAAGGACUUCGAUCCGGACACUGGGGAGAUCAAGGACAAGCUCGACGCCUCCAAGCUCGAACUUCUCGGUUCGGAGAAAGCGUCUGCCGUGGCGGCGUCGCUGUCGUCCCUCGAGGUGCUCAAGGUCGACAAGAGACGAGUCAGGCGGCAGCCUCCUGCACCCUUCAUCACGUCCACGCUGCAGCAGGAGUCGAGCCGAAAGCUCCGGCUGGGAGUGGAUCAGACCAUGAGGGCGGCUCAGGCGCUGUACGAGGCGGGUUACAUCACCUACAUGCGCACGGACAGGCCCAGCCUGAGCAAGGAGGCCGCCGGGGUGGCUGAGGGUGCGGUGAGAGACUCCUUCGGCGACGAGUACGUGCGGAAGGGGGACGCCAAGACUGUCAAGGUCAAGGGCAGUCAGGAGGCGCAUGAGGCCAUCCGCCCUGCUCUUGUCGGCGCAACCCCCGCCGCGACCGAUACUGCCGACGGAAAGCAAGCGCGGGAGGAGGAGGACGAAGCGGGGUCAGGGGCUGGGUCAGCCUCGACUAGUACGACCGGGGGGAGGUUCUUGCAUCCCACGGAGCUCCCCGUGGAGGAAGACGGCGGUGGCGGCCGUGGCUUGGAGGAGCAGCACAGGGCGCUGUACGACCUGGUGUACAGGCGGACCCUGGCCAGCGCCAUGGCGGAGUCGGAGGCCGACUUCACGACGGUUUCGCUUGGAGCGGGAGGCGUUUCUCUGGGGGAUGGCGAGGAAGUGGUGGACGUGGUGCUGAAGGCGUCGGGCAAGACGACGGUUUUCGAGGGGUUCUUGAAGGCGUACAGGGAGGAGGGGGCCGACGAAUCUGUCCCCGGUGGCGCUGCGGCGGAAGGGGAUGACCAAGAGACCGAGCUACCGUUGUUGGUGGAAGGGGGGAAAGUGGUGUGCGAGGACGCUAGGCCGGCGCCACACCGCACGUCACCCCCUAGAAGGUUUUCGGAGGCCAGCUUCAUCAAGGAACUCGAGGCGAAGGGGGUCGGGCGGCCCUCCACCUACGCGAGCAUCAUCGGCACCCUUCGGACAAGGACGUACGUAAACCUGCAGGGGCGGAGCCUGACGCCGAGCCUUACGGGCUUCGUGGUGGCGGACCUGCUCAGGGAGCACUUCCCGGAUUUCACCGAUACCGGCUUCACGGCAAAGAUGGAGGACAAGCUGGACGCCAUAGCGAGGGGCGAGAAGGAGAGGGUGGAGUACCUCAGCGAGUACUACCUGGGGGAAGAUGGGCUGAAGGCUAAGGUGGCCAGCAAGAGGGCCACGAUAGACCCUCUGGAGGCCAAGCGGGCCCGUCUCCCGGGGCUGGAGAGCCUGGACGAUCGAUGCUCCAUCUUGGUGGGGCCGUACGGAGGCUACCUGAUACCCGAAGCCUCCAGCGGUGCGGUAACCGGUGACGACGCCGGAGGUAGCGAGGCGCGAGACGACGAGGGGCCGGGGGGCGGCGAGGAGGAGGAAGGGGAGAAGAAGUCUUCCGCCGUGACGCUUCCGUACGUUGCGCAGGACAACCUUGAGCUGCUGACGGUGGACUUGGUGGAGAGGUGCCUGGACUCGACGUACAGGGGAGGGGACCUGUUGGGGCAACACCCGGACACGGGAGAAGACAUCCGAAUACGCAUGGGCCGCUACGGCCCGUUCCUCGAGUGCGGCGGGAUCCAGGCGGCGGCGUCCGCGCACGUGAGCACCGCCAACAAGAAGGACCCGACGGACCUCAGCCUGCCUUCUCAACCCACCCCGACAGAUCUUCUUCAGCAUAGGGGGGGAGGAGGACAAGAACCUGGCUCUUCCUCGCCAGACGGGGAGACUGCUGGAAGAGGUCCUCAUCCUCCCGCCGCCGCCGUCGCUAGCGGUAACGACACCGUAGUCUAUUCGGCCGAAGACGUGAUCGCCUUUGGGCUGGGGGCUAACGCUACCGAGGACGGCGGCGGCGGCGGUACCGCCGGCAACGGCGGCGGUGAUGGCGGGGUCGGGACUUGGUACUCGGCGGUGUCGCUUGAGAGAGCGGUGGGGCUCCUGUCCCUGCCGAGGGUGGUGUGCGAGUCGCACCCCACGGAGGGGGGAGCGAUCGAGGCCGGCGUGGGGCGGUUCGGGGUGUGGGUCAGGCACAAGGACUCGUACAAAAACGUGCCCGCCGGGAUCG